CAUUUCGAACUCCAACCAACAACACCUGCCACAAAUUGCACCAGCGUUUUGUAACUAUGGGUAAUGUGUUGUAGCUCGUCCGGAUGGGACAGCUCAAGCAUGAGCCACCUGCUCCUGUAAAUCCCGAGUCGCCUCGAGCACCUGCUUGCUUCACCACCCUCCCGACCGAACUCAAGAACAAGAUCUAUGGAUACACCUUGGAGGCCCCGAAACGUCUACCUCACAUUUCGGAAGCGCUACAAAGGCUUCCUCAAAUCCUCUACUCCCAUUCGGGUUACCCUUCUCCCCUAUCUGAAUGUUCUGCAAGCUGCGAGGCACUCCCCUCAUUUCCCUUCCAAAUACCUUGAGGAACGAAUCAUCAAACUUGUCUACUAAUGCAGUGCUAGCUUAGUGUCUGUCU